UCUUGUUUUUUCCUGUUCAGAACCCAGCAGUGAUGUGGAGGUGGAGACCCACAGGAGCCCCGGACUUCACCUGAGCUACCUCAGCUGUCACCAAGGGUGGCACGAAAGGGAAGCAAGCCCCGAGUGGGAGGGGAGCAGGAUGCCUGACCGGGACAGCUAUGCCAAUGGCACUGGGAGCAGCAGUGGAGGCCCUGGAGGUGAUGGCAGCGAGGAAGCCAGUGGGGCAGGGAUAGGCGGCGCUGGGGCCAACUCAGAUGCCAUCUGCAGAGACUUCCUGAGGAAUGUGUGCAAGCGGGGCAAACGGUGCCGCUAUCGCCAUCCGGACAUGAGUGAGGUGUCCAACUUGGGGGUAAGCAAAAAUGAGUUCAUCUUCUGCCAUGACUUCCAGAACAAGGAGUGUAGCCGCCCAAACUGCCGAUUCAUCCAUGGCUCCAAAGAAGACGAGGAUGCUUAUAAGAAGACAGGAGAGCUUCCCCCUCGGCUGAGGCAGAAAGUGGCCGCUGGCCUGGGCCUCUCACCGGCGGACCUACCUAACGGCAAGGAAGAAGUCCCCAUCUGCCGUGACUUCCUUAAGGGGGACUGCCAGAGAGGCGCCAAGUGCAAGUUCCGUCACCUGCAACGGGACUUUGAGUUUGAUGCUCGGGGUGGAGGAGGAACUGCAGGUGGGGGCUCCGCAGGCCCAGUCCCCCCUGGACGACGUCAUGAUCUGUACGACAUCUGUGACCUCCCUGACAGGGGAUUUGAGGACCAUGAGCCAGGCCCCAAGCGUCGGCGAGGUGGGUGCUGUCCUCCAGAUGGCCCCCAUUUUGAAUCGUACGACUACAACCUGGCUCCAUGCCGAGGAGUAGAGUGCAGGCUCUUGGAGGAGGAGAACGCCAUGCUCAGGAAGCGGGUAGAGGAGCUCAAGAAGCAAGUCAGCAACCUGCUGGCCACCAAUGAAGUGCUGCUGGAACAAAACGCCCAGUUUCGUAAUCAGACCAAGGUCAUAACCCUGAGCUCCACUGCACCAGCAACUGAGCAGACUCUGGCCCCCACUGUGGGCACUGUUGCCACUUUUAACCAUGGCAUCGCCCAGACUCACACUACUCUCAGCAGCCAAGCUCUGCAGCCCCGCCCUGUAUCUCAACAAGAACUAGUGGCCCCCGCUGGUGCCCCUGCUGCUCCCCCAACUAAUGCUGCACCUCCUGCUGCACCCCCACCCCCACCUCCACACUUGAACCCAGAGAUCACACCACUGUCGGCUGCUCUGGCUCAAACAAUUGCCCAGGGAAUGGCACCCCCUUCUGUCUCCAUGGCUCCCGUGGCUGUGUCUGUGGCCCCUGUGGCCGUAUCCAUGGCCCAGCCCUUGGCAGGAAUCACAAUGAGCCACACCACCACCCCCAUGGUGACUUACCCCAUUGCUUCCCAGAGCAUGCGCAUCACAGCCAUGCCGCACUGAUGGAGCAUCUGGACACCCCCUGGUACCGCCUCCUGGGGCUGCGGUCGAGCAGGCCCUGUCUGCAGGGCUCGCUUGAACUGUACAAGAGACUGCAAGGAGUAUGCUUCCAAGAAGGGGUUGGGUCGGUGUGUUUUCUCUCACCUCCCCUUCACGAUGGUCGUCUUGUCCGUCUUCCUCCAAGCUUUCCAGAAGGGGCUUGCUGGGGAGUACAGACUGAAGCCAGCGGAGGGGAAGGACCGCCUAAGGGCAUGUCUACUCUGUCCUCUCUUCACAGCACAGAAUAGGUUUCAGCACUGGCUUUGGCAGAAGAAAACCAAAAACCCUACUGGGGGAAGCCAGGAAAGAUUGGGAAGUGAAUGGUCAGGAGAGAAGGCCCCUUAGGGAGCCUUCAGGCACUGCAGGGCCCAGUUGGGUUGGACAGCACAGAAAUUGUUCCUGGGUCCCUGGGAAGGCGGGGACCAUAGUACUCCAGCCCAAAGACUAGGGGAACAUCUAUCACUUUGGGCUGGAAACCCAUAGGGCAGGACCCACCACUUUCCAAAGAAAUAAAAGAGAAUUAUUUUUAACAAAUGGAGGCAUUGGAAACU